AUGUUGCUCAAGUCUCUCAUCGCUGCCAAUGCCUUCGCUGGCGCCGCGGUGGCAUCUCCCGCUCCCAUGCUGCAGGCCAGACAAGACGACCUUGCGACGUACAUCCAGAACGAGCACACCUACGCGCUGCAGGGUGUACUCAACAACUUCGGCCCCAAUGGUAACCUCUCCAGGGGAGCCGCCCCAGGCGUUGCGAUUGCCGGAAACUCCGAGACAAACCCUCCUUACAUCUACACCUGGACCCGUGACACGGCGCUGACUGUUCAGUCCCUCAUCCAUGAGUUCAUCUCCGGAAACACCUCCCUCGAGCCGCUCAUCCAGCAAUACGUCAACGCUUCUGCUCGGAUGCAGACCAUCCCCAACCUGUCCGGCAACCUGACCGAUGGCUCUGGCCUGGGUGAACCCAAGUACAACAUUAACAUCACCGCGUUCAAUGAGCCCUGGGGCCGUCCCCAGCCUGACGGUCCCGCCCUGCGUGCGUCUGCCCUCAUCGCGUAUGGCAACCACUUGCUCGGCCAGGGCCAGCAAGCCAAGGCCCUGUCUCACAUCUGGCCUAUCGUCAGCAACGACAUCGCCUAUGUUGGCCAGUACUGGAACAGCACUGGCUUCGAUCUGUGGGAGGAGGUCAAUGGUACCUCUUUCUUCACCACGGCCGUCCAGCACAAGGCCCUAGUUGAAGGCCAGGCCUUUGCCACUGCGCUGGGCAAGCCCUGUGAGGCAUGCACCGUCGCUCCAGAGAUCCUGUGUCACCUCCAGAACUUCUGGAACGGCACUGCAGUCAUCGCAAACACCCCCACUUCAUACGACAACAGCCGCAGCGGUGUGGAUAUCAACUCCGUUCUCACAUCUAUCAACACCUUCGACCCCGCUGCCACCUGUGACGAUGUUACUUUCCAGCCCUGCUCGGCCCGUGCCUUGGCCAACCACAAGGUGCUUGUCGAUGGUUUCCGCUCGAUCUACGGCGUCAACCGGAACAGAUCCAGCAGCAGCGCGGUCGCAGUGGGCAGAUACACCGAAGAUGUCUUCAUGGGCGGCAACCCCUGGUACCUCGCCACCCUCGCAGCCGCGGAGCAGCUCUACGACGCUCUGUACCAGUGGAACCGCCAGGGCUCUCUCGAGGUCACCCAGCUCUCUCUACCGUUCUUCAAGAGCCUCAACGCCAACGUCACCACCGGCAUCUUCCCCAAGUCCUCCCCGUCCUACACCGUCAUCACCAACGCCGUCAAGACCUACGCGGACGGUUUCGUAGCCGUCGUCCAGCAGUACACCCCCGGCAACGGCGGCCUCUCGGAAGAGUACAACCGUGACACUGGGGUCCAGGUGUCUUCCCCCGACCUCACCUGGUCUUUCGCCUCCUUCUUGACUGCCACCGCCAGACGUAACGGCUCUGUCCCUCCCUCGUGGGGCUCGUCCCGCGCUCUUGCUGUCCCUUCGCAGUGCCGCCCCGCCACUGUCAAGGGGACCUAUGCUGCUGCUACUCCUUCUCCUUGGUAA